AGAAAAAGGGCAGAUAAGGGGUGAAGGAGAUAUUCUCUUUAAAAUCACCCAUUCCAGAAGCUUUGUUUCAACCGCUAACAUUCUCUAAAAAACCAGAGGAAGAAUAAGAAGAAGAAGAAGAAGGAUGCCUACCUUGAAUUUAUACACAAACGUACCGGUGGACGCAGUUACAACCUCUGACAUCCUCAAGGACGCAACCAAAGCUGUUGCCAAAAUCAUCGGCAAACCUGAAUCUUACGUGAUGAUUUUGGUUAAUGGCGGGGUUCCAAUGGCAUUUGCUGGGACCGAAGCCCCUGCUGCUUAUGGAGAAUUGAUUUCCAUUGGGGGCCUUGGUCCUUCUGUUAAUGGCAAAUUGAGUUCAACUAUUGCUGAUAUUCUUCAAACCAAGCUCUCAAUUGAUAGCUCUCGCUUCUACAUCAAAUUCUAUGAUGUUCAGCACUCAUUCUUUGGAUUUAACGGUUCGACUUUCUGAGUGGCUCAAACGAGUAUACAUCAAUGGAAAGCAUUCCAAGUGGAAUCAUAUCUGUGCAGGAUUGUAGUUUGUUUUUGAUCAACGGAAGACUGUAUUCUCUUUUCUUUUCCUUACUUUUCUGGUAUACAAGACUUUCUCCUUUAAGACAUUCAACUUUCUGAGUGGCGCAAAUGUAGAAUACCACCAUGGAAAGCAUUGCAAGUUGAAUCCUUUCAGCGCUGGAUAUUUAGAUUCCUCUCUUUUCAUUUUCUCUCUCUCUCUCUCUCUCUAUAUAUAUAUAUAUAUAUGUAAUUGGAUUAUAAAGAUAAAGAUCAUGUUGAUGAGAAUGAUAAUGUAAAAGGGCUUUGACGACAAUAAAUGGAGGGUUAUUGGUUGUGU